CUCUUAAAUUGGUUGUAUGUCGAGUUGUGUUUAUAGUUGGUCUAGCUUGCUAAAGUUUCUAUUUGCAUAGUGCAUGCGGUAACAGAUCAAAAAAUUUAAUAGCGUAAUAUUCCGUUACCUAAGCUAGUUCGCUAGCCUAAUUUGUUUACAUUAGUGUGAGGGUGUUUCAGUCAGGAAGACCAGAUAAAUGUGCAUCGUUCCAUGUUUCUUUUUGCUUCGUCGCUCCUUAAAGGGAUUUAUGAACAGACAUGUGAAUUAUUGAACCUGGAUCUCAGAAAAAUGGACUGCAGAAUUGACGGGACAUAACAGAUGAUCAGUGGCCUCUGCCAAUGGUAGUUUUUAGAAUGACAGCAGUCAAGUAGGAAGAAGGAUGAGUGACUUUGGGCCAACAGACCUGAUUGCAGGCCUCUGUCAUACCGAUGAAGAGAAUCCUCUUCCUCUGUGGCAGAAUGGAUGCAUCAGCCCCUGUUUUAACCAGCUCAUCCUUGGUGCCUUGCCCCAUGCUGGGAUGGCCAUUUUCAGUGCCUGCUACCUCAGCAUGUCAAAAUGCAGCCAUCUCCAGACGUCUCCCCCGUGUGGCUGGACACUCAGGCUCGUGUCAGCUCUGCUGGCUGCCUUACUCUACACUGCAGAUGUCAUCCUGGUGAGUGUCCUCCAGCAGGGAGACAUGUACCUGGACGUCCUAGCUGACAGCUGUGCAAUCCUGGCCUGGCUGGUCCACUUCAGUGUCAUAACAGUGCUCCAGAGGACUGUUUUUAAGAGAACCAGAGGACCUACACUGCUGCUUUUCCUGGUGCUUCUGUUACUCCCCAACCUUGUCAUCAACUUGAUAAUUUACUCUAACAACAAGGACUAUUUAAACCCAGCUGAACCUCUUAAACUGGCCCGAUUUGUUCUUGCCUCAGUACGGAUGUUUCUUUUUCUCAUUUAUCUCCUGGCAUUUGCUUUCCCCUGCAUCAGUGAUGCUGGGUACACUUUGUAUAUUAACAAUGUUGAUGGCUCUCCGCUCAUCCCAGAGAACACCCAGCUGGAGACUGGGGAGAUUGUGGCUGAGGACGGGAGUGACUGCCUAUCUCGACUCUUCUACUUGUGGCUCACCCCUCUCCUCAGGCGAGGGCAGAGAGGGGAACUGGACAGACCAGCCGAUGUAUAUCACCUUCCCCGGAAACUUAGAACUAGUUUGAUUUUUCGGUAUUUUCACCAGUGCUGGGAAGCCUGCUGGCAAGGAUCACCAGUCACUUACCAAGAGGAUCAGUGGCCCACACCAGUCAGCACAAACCUCCUGAGUGGCAGCAGGAGUUUACACAACCAGGACCAACCACUGGAGCUGGAAGGUGAUGUAAGAUUGCUGAAGGUGCUACACAAGGCGUUUGGGAAGUGGUAUUACAUCCUUGGUCUGCUGAAGGUGACAGUCAACAUAUUGAGCUUUGCAGGUCCACUGCUCCUCAGUAGUCUUGUGAAUUUUAUGGAGGAAAAAGGUGCCCCAGUCAGCAGGGGUGUCUGGUGUGCCGUGGGGCUCUUUGCUACCACCCUGCUGUGCUCUGUUCUGCGAAACAUCUUUGUCUUCGAGGUCUCUAAGGUGGCGCUGUCAGCACGAGCUGCUCUUGUGACGGCCAUCUACAACAAAGCCCUGAGGGUCAGCAGCUGCAGCUUGGCUGGCUUUACUUUAGGAGAGGUGGUGAACUUAAUGAGCACAGACACCGACCGUGUGGUUAACUUCUUCCAAAGCUUCCAUGAGCUGUGGAGCCUGCCCUUUCAGUUAGCUGUCACCCUUUACUUGCUAUAUCUGCAGGUGGGUGUAGCUUUCCUUGGAGGACUGUCCGUAGCUUUGCUGCUGGUGCCAUUCAACAAGUUCAUUGCUUCCUGCAUCCUUAGCAACAAUAAAAAGAUGCUCAUGUGGAAGGAUAACCGUGUUAAGUUAAUGACAGAGAUCCUCUUCGGCAUUCGCGUCAUCAAGUUCUAUAGCUGGGAGCCUCAUUUCACACAGAAGGUGGCUGACUGUCGCAAAGAGGAGCUGUCCCACCUUAAGGCUGUCAAAUACCUGGAUGCACUGUGUGUGUAUACCUGGGCUGCUCUACCUGUGGUCAUCUCCAUCCUCACCUUCGUCACGUAUGUGCUGCUUGGACACCAGCUGACGGCAGCAAAGGUGUUUACCACACUUGCCCUUGUAGGAAUGUUGAUCAUCCCACUCAAUGCUUUCCCCUGGGUGCUCAAUGGAGUCCUGGAAGCCAAAGUGUCUCUGGAACGAAUCCAGCGCUUCUUUAAACUAACCAACCAGAACCUGCAGGCAUACUAUGCCCUGGUGUCUCCAGAAGACAGCCAGACAUCUGUCCUUUUGAGCCAGGGAUCAUUUUCAUGGCAGGAACCCAGCAGUCCAAACGAAGAGGAAGAAUCUGGAGGAGCUAAAGGAAGCCUGCAGCUGCACAGUCUCAAUUUAAACAUAACCAAGGGCUCUCUGGUUGUCGUGGUUGGGAAGGUCGGCUGUGGAAAGAGCUCCUUAUUGGCUGCUCUGACUGGAGAGCUUAAUAGGCUGACUGGAGUGCUCUAUGUUGCAGACAGGGAGGCUGGCUUUGGUUUGGCCUCACAGGAACCGUGGAUCCAGCAUGCAUCAGUACGAGACAACAUCUUGUUUGGCAGAGACUACGAUGCUGCCUUCUACCAGGCUGUGAUCAAGGCCUGCGCCCUCUCAGAUGACCUCAAUGUUUUGCCAAAUGGUGACAAGACUGAAGUGGGUGAGAACGGAGUGACUCUGAGUGGAGGACAGAAGGCCCGGCUGGCACUUGCUAGAGCUGUUUACAUGGACAAAGAUAUCUACCUCCUUGAUGAUCCACUGGCAGCAGUGGAUGCAGAUGUGGCUGAACACCUUAUGAAGAAAUGUAUCAUGGAGCUCCUCAGAGGGAAGACCAGAAUCCUUUGCACACACCGCAUAGAGUUUGUGGACAAAGCUGAUGUGGUUGUCCUCAUGGACAAUGGAACAAUCAUCAAAACAGGGACACCAGCAGAAGUCCUUCCUUUGAUGGAGGCAGUCCCGAAAAAGCAGAAGAACAACCGCAACACAAAAGAGAAAGAUGGCGUGGAGCAGGGUGAAGAGGAAAUGAGUUCAUUGCCUGAGCUAUGUCUGGAUAAUGAUCCUGACCUACCAGGGGCAGAGCAGAAACAGGUGGGCAGGCUGGCAUGGAGAGUUUACCAGACCUACUGGGCUGCUGUGGGUGGAGUGCUGGCCUCCUGCGUCUUACUCUCUCUGCUCCUCAUGCAAGCAUCUAAAAAUGUGUCUGACUGGUGGCUGUCCUACUGGAUCUCUGAGCUAAAACACAAUGGUUCCACUGGGAAUAAUGAUUCUUCGUUACCUGCCUUCAGCUCACCUCAUCUGCUGCUUUUCUCACCUGGCAGGCUCAUAUCUUCAGCGCCCUCUGGCUACACGUUUCUCUCUAACGACAUCGACGCAGAUGUGAAGUUUUACCUGACGGUCUACGGCUCCAUUGCUGUGGCCAACACUGUGUUCACUGCGCUCCGUGCCUUCCUCUUUGCCUAUGGAGUAAUGUGUGCCGCUUCUGCCAUCCACAACAGACUUCUGAAUCAAGUCUUUAAGACCACUAUGGCGUUCUUCGAUACCACUCCUUUGGGCCGAAUUCUCAACCGGUUUUCCUCAGACUUGUACAGCGUGGACGACAGCCUGCCGUUUGUCUUGAACAUCUUACUGGCCAACAUUUUUGGCUUACUCGGCAUGCUGGUGGUGAUAAGUUACGGCCUGCCCUGGGUCCUGGUGGCCCUGCUUCCCCUGGGUCUACUGUACUACCGCACACAGCACUUCUAUAGACACACAUCUCGAGAGCUGAAGCGCCUCUGCAGCCUCACUCUGUCACCAAUCUACUCGCAUUUUUCAGAGACACUGACUGGACUGGGAACGAUCCGGGCCAGUGGCAACUCUGCCAGGUUUGAGGAGGAGAACGCCAGGCGUCUGGAGCAGAACCAACGCUGUUUGUUUCUUAGCAGUGCUGCAGGGCAGUGGCUGGACAUCCGUCUGCAGCUGAUUGGUAUCACUGUGGUGACAGGCCUUGGGGUGAUAGCUGUUGUUCAGCACCAGCUUAAUUCUGUUGAUCCAGGUCUGGUGGGUUUGUCCCUGUCCUACGCUUUGUCUAUCACACAGCUGCUAUCUGGCCUCAUAUUCAGCUUCACGCAGACUGAAAUGCAGCUGGUGAGCGUGGAACGAACAGAGGAAUAUUCCACUGGACUGCCCAUUGAACCACAGCAUCAGAAUACAAAGCUGCCCCCCUCAUGGCCUGAGCACGGUUGGUUGGAGUUUCGGAAUGUGGCUUUGACCUACAGGGAUGGUCUUCCUAAUGCCCUGGAUGGAGUGAGCCUCAUGGUGCGACCUGGAGAGAAAAUAGGCAUUGUGGGACGUACAGGAUCUGGCAAGUCCACGAUAUUCUUGGCCCUGUUUCGGAUGGUGGAGCUCAGCCAGGGUCAGAUCCUCCUGGAUCAGCUGGAUAUUACCACUGUGGGCCUAGUUCAACUCAGGUCCAAGUUGGCCAUUAUUCCUCAGGACCCCUUCCUUUUCAGUGGCACAGUCAGAGAGAAUCUGGACCCCUGUGGGCGACACUUGGAGCUGGAGCUGCUGGACGUCCUGGAGCAGUGCCACCUCAGCACUGUGGUCAGCAGAAUGGGUGGUCUGGAUGCUGAGGUGGGAGAAAGAGGAAGAUUCUUCUCUGCAGGACAGAAGCAGCUGCUGUGUUUGGCCAGAGCUCUGUUGACGCAAGCCAAGGUCCUGUGUAUUGAUGAAGCCACUGCCAGCGUGGAUCAUAAGACAGACAAACUCCUGCAGCAGACCAUUAGAGAGAAGUUUCAGGACAAGACUGUGCUCACUAUUGCCCACAGGAUCAACACCAUCAUGGACUGUGACCGUGUGCUAGUGAUGCAUGCUGGGAAGGUGGUGGAGUUUGACAGUCCCGUGUCUCUCUGCCAAGCUGAUAACUCCAUCUUUCACAGACUGGCGGGUGAUCAGGGACAAUGAGAUGAUCAGACACAUUUACAGACAACUUGCUGCUUUGCACAGAGUUGAUGCAGAGAAGAGUUGCAGACUUUGAGCAAAAACUCAUUUGGAAUGGACAGCUUGGACUCAAAAGUGAGGCUGUUUGGAAAUGUGAUUAUUUUAAUGCAUAAACAGCAUUCAUUGAAUUCAUGCCAUAUUCUUCAAUCAAGACAACUACACAGCCCUCCCCCAACUCUUCCAGUGGUCACCGAGGAGUUCACUGGCCACUUGAGAAACAUAAUGUCUCUAGCAUGUUGUGGGUCUGCCCUUAAGUCUCCUCAAUCAGUACCCAAGACCACCUCAACUGGCUCCUUUUGAUGUGCUGGAGUAGCAGCUCCACUCCAAUCCAUCCUCACUUUAUCAGCUCAGCUCAGAUAUCCUUCUGCUACUUGUAUCUGCCAUCUUUUUCACUCACUACCUACAGCUCAUGAUGAUAGGUGAGAGGAACAUGGAGGAACAUGGUACUUCAAUAGCUUUAUUUUGAUGCUCUCUUUCAUACGCCAGACCACAUCACCGGAGACAAUUCAUUAAUCCGUCUGUAAAUCUUCCGCUCCUUUGUUCAUUCACUUAACAACAAGACUUUGAUUCUUUAACCUCUGUACUUGGAGCAUCAACUCAUUCAGAACCCAGAGGUGGCACUCCAUCAUUUUUAUAGCUGAGAACCAUCGUUUCAAGUCUCGGAUGUCCAAGUUCGGUUUCAAAGUCCGCAGUCACGUAAAUUAAAAAAACAAACAGUAACUUAAAAUAAAAAAGGGGAAUUAGUCAAAUCCAUUUGGUAUAAUAGCUGCUACUUUUUACACUUUGUUAUUGUUAUAUUUGAAUCCUAAUUUAGACAGCCAGAAAUGCUCGUCACCAUAUGUAAAUGACUCGUGUAAACUUGUCAGGAGUAAUUUUGUGUUUAUUCAGAACAACUGCCUGUGUUUGAUGAAAUAAGACAUCAUGUCUGCUUGCACUUAUGUGAAUUAUGGACAUAAAUACCUGACCCUAGAUCUGGUCUCACCACAAGCCACUAAAUGUUGAUGUGUUAUAACAAAACACCACUCUGUAGAAGAAAUGUUGCAGUGGGAUUACAGUAACAAUCUGAGCAGAAAAAAUGUCUAAAUAUAUGAAAUUAUGACUUUAUAAUCCUGUUUUGGAUUCAUGUGAAUCAAAUGAUAUAUGAAGCAUUUUAUGAAUCAUCUUUGAAUGUAUAAAGUGAGUUCAGUCAGUCUUUGAGUGCUUUAGUUAAAAAGAGAGACCUGAAAAUAAGAAACAUUCACAGUUCAACAAUACAGAAAUGUCUUAUUUUUAGAUUUUUAUUUAAAAAAACAUUUUAUUGAAAAAAAUGCUCCAAGACCUGUAAGGGCUAUGAAGAAUUUUAUUUGAAUAGUACCUGAAUGUGUAUCUGCCAAGUUCAGCAUGAAUAUGGAAGGUAAAGUGCUUCAUAUUUUGUAGAUUUAAAUGAGAGUAGAUGUAUCAAAGUUUUGGGAAUCCUCAUCUGUGGAACUAACAUGAAGUUGCUGCUUCUUCCUCUUGUCUGCAAGGAAACACAUCCAAACUUUUUACUUUCUUUCAAAGAUGAUGAUUAUAAAUGAAUGUGACUGUGUUCUUAUGGAAAUACUAUUUCAUAGAAUUACACAUUUUUCUAGUACCAUUUACAAUGAUAGCAGGAACAGUAAUCAUAGCCGUUGUCAUAAUUUGUGUUUUCUUAAUUCUUAUUGUGUGGAAAAUACAGGUCACUUGAAUGAGGUCACCAUUGUAUGAGACUUAAUAUAAAGUAUAUAAGUCUCAUGAGAUAUAUGUAAAACAUUUAUUGUAAGUUUUCUACUGCACAGGGCUGUUGAUGGUUUAUUAGAUCUUAGAACUACUCUACUGAAGAGAAAAGCUCUACCACAAAACAGUUGGUUUUAAUUUAUCCAACUCCUGUUUGUUCUGUUUUAUCAUUAUAUCCUGUUUUCUUUUUUUUUUCUUUUUUAACUUUUUUAAUGUUAACCAUCUGUACAAAGAAAACACAAAAUCCAGUUUCUCAGUGUUUUUUUUUUUUUAAUUUUAUUAUGAAGAAGCACGAGGGCUUUUUAUGACCAGACGGAAUCUUUUAGUUGACUUCUCUGUCAAUGAUUUACUGUCAUUCAACAGACUAACAAAUAUGAUUCAGGCUUGCUGCAGGCAGAGAGCGAAGAACUCAGCCUGAGGUGUGUUUGCCUCUCUUUAUAUGUACUGUUUUAAAGCAAUCUGACUUUAUUUUUUGACACAUUUUAUUUUUUUGGCAUCAACGUCAGACUUUUCAGACAUAUAACACUGAUCAAAUAACCACAUGCUGAUAAUCAUAUUAGUAUAUCUGUAUGUGUCAUAAAUUGAUCCCCUUCCUCUCUUGAAUUGUAUUUUCAAGUGCAUUUUACUUUAAUGUAAGACCAAGACAAAGAGCAACUGACAACCUGAAUAAUAAAACAUUUGUCAGUCAAACAAUUAAGGGAGGAUAGCAUGAAUCAUUUAAAUUGAUGAAAUAAUAGUGGAAUGAUCCUGGCAGCUUUAAUGUGAGCUGUAAAUCAAAUUUAGAUUCAAGUAUUAAUAAAAAAAAGUUUAUCUAAAUGUUGUGAUUGUGAUGUUUGUAUGCUUAGUUGCAGGUGAGUAUAUUUUGACAGGAGUUAUUUUUGUUGUUUGUUUUUCUUGGCUUGUCAACAGCUUUAAUGUAAAUA